AUGUCAACUGUCAACUUGUCAAAUGUGAAAGUUGAAAUAAGAUCUUUGAGUUUGAUUGAAAAAAAUUUUAAGGAAAUGGCUGAUAUUAAAUCACUUUUGAAAGAAGCAAGAAAACUAAUUGAUGAUAAAAAGUAUAAAGAAGCUCAAGAAUGUUGUAAAAAUAUUCUACGAAAAGACAAACAGAAUUAUCUAGGAUUGGUUUUACUUGGAAAAUCGUUGCAGGAUUCUGAUCAGGCAGCAUUAGCUUUUCAAAAAGCAAUAUCAACUAAAGCGGACCAUCCUUUAGCUUGGCAAGGCUUAGCAAAUUACUACGAAAAAAAGGAAGAAAUCUCUGCCAAAAAUAAACUUUUUGCCAUAUAUUCUGAAAUUUUAAAAUUACAAGUAGAGGAUGAAAAAGUUACUGAAAUUAUAAGUAAGCUAGGCCAACUAGGCUGCUUGUUAAAAAAUAAUGAGUCGAUCAAUAUUCUUAUUGAUUAUAUGGAUAAGAAACUUGAUGAAAAAAAUUAUAUAAAUGCUGAAAAACAACUAUUAGAGCUUUUGAAAGCAGAUGUACAAUGUAAAGAUGAGGACAUUCCAAGAGUAAUAAAAUAUUUAACAGAUAUAAUAAAUAAAGAGGCAAAUGAUUCAUUGCAAAUAUUGCUAGGUAAAGUAAUAUUACAGAAAAAAGAUUUUAUUAAUGCUUUUCUGGAAGUAAUCAAAUUAAGUUUUUUUAAAUCUAGUGUAGUAUUUCGUGAAUGGCUCUGUAAAUUCUUAUGUACUAAAAUUAUGCAAGACAAUGCACUUGAUGAUUUUGAUAUUGACCAAUACAUUAAUGAAAUCACAGUAGGAAUCAAAAAUUCCAAGUAUCCUGGGCUUUUAAAAAGUAUGAUAUAUUAUAAAAAAGGUUUAUAUUUAGAGGCAUAUAAACAAUGUGUGCCUUUAGUAAAUUAUCAAGAAGCUGAUAUCAUUGAAGCAACAUUUAUUAUAAAAUGCACAUUUAUGUUAAAAAAAUGGCCAGUUGCUCAAAAACUAGCAACAAAUUUCUUAAUGAAAGUAAGAGAUUCAGAUUUUACAAUUACUCUUAAGAAAUUUUUAUUUCUUGCACUAGCAGAACAGCAAAAAUGGAAGCAAGCAAUAUCUAUUGCAAAGGAAAUACCUUCUACUCAUUUAGAUGUCAAAGAGCAUGCAAUCCUUGCAAAAUGUUAUAUAGAAAGCAAUGAGAGUGCUGGAGAUGUAAUGAAAAAUUUACAGACUACAGAAUAUUAUACACAACUUGAAGCUCUGUCACUUAUAAAACAAGAAAAAUAUAAUGAGGCCAUAACUUUACUAGAACAGUCUGAAGAAAAUUCAAUUAAUUUGUUUUAUAUUGGAAAAGCAUACUGGAAGUUGCAACAAUAUGAUAAAUGUUAUGUAUAUUUGUUGAAAGCAGCCAAACUAAAUGCUGAACAUAGUGACACCUUUUUAUACUUAGGAAUUUAUUAUCAACAAUAUAAAGCAGAUUACCAUAAAGCAAGAAAAUGCUAUGAAAAAGCAUAUAGUCUUAAUAGCACAUAUAUUGAGACAAUACAAAACCUAAGUGACAUAUAUACCAGAAUGGACCUGAAAGAUGAUAAUUUUAAUAUAUUAUAUAAAGCUUCCCAAAAUGUUCAAAUCAAUCAGCCAAUUAGUCAAUGGAUUCAUUUUCGCUUGGGAUUGCAUUACAUCAAUAAUAGAGAGUGGGAAAGUGCAAUUUUACAGUUUCGCUCUGUAAUCAAAAGUAAUCACAAUGAUGUUAUUGCUUUUGAGUGUUUAGCAGAUGCUUAUUAUUCACGGGGUUCAUAUACUUCAGCAUUAAAAGCUUACAAUAAAGUCAUAUCAAUGAAUCCUAGCAAAACUCUACACUGUCUUUCAAAAAUUGGCUAUAUUCAUUCAUUAUUAACAGAUUAUGAAAAUGCUAUAUCAGCAUUUGAAAAAGUUUUGGAAAUAGAUAGUCACUCACUUUUGGCCCUAAAAGGAAUUUCUGAAACCUGGAUAAAAAUUGCAAAGAAGAAAUAUACAGCUAAGUUAUAUGGUAGCGCAAGAGAUACUGUACAGAAUGCUAUAAAUUAUUUGAUCAAAGCAUUAUCAAAAGAGAAAAAGUUUUUAUGUUUUUGGAAUUUACUAGCAGAUGCCUUAAUGUUUAUUACAAAAUUGCCUGAUCAGUACUGUUAUAUUUUCAUGAAAAAUGCUUUGAAUGAAAGUGAAGAGAUAGUAAGAAAAGAUAAACUUGAUAUUUAUCCACAAGUAUUAGCAUGUUAUUCACAUAUAGCAAAACAAAAACAACAGUUUACUUCUUAUGACUUAGCAUCGACAUAUUUAAAUUAUUACCAUGCAACAAAAAAUAUGGCUAACUGUCAUAUCGCAUUUCAUUUAACAGUAGCUAAUAUUAAAUUAAAACCUUUAGCGUGGAGGAACUGGAACUUACUUGGAAAAAUAUGUAUUUUCAUGAAGAAAUAUUCUCUUGCUCAACAUUGUUUUAUAAAGGCAUUAUUAGUUACCCGAAAAUGGUCUGUUGCACCAAUUUGGUGUAAUCUGGGGACACUUUAUAUAAAAGUCAAACAAUAUAAAUUGGCUAAUUAUUGCUUUUGGCGUGGUCAAUCAACUUUGCCUUCUUAUCCACAGAGUUGGAUUGGCCAAGCUUUAAUAGCAGAAGUUAUACGAGAAGAAGAAGCUAUGGAUCUUUUUAGACAUGCAUCCCGCUUAGGAUAUCAUUCAGAGAGCGCUUUAGGCUAUGCUGAUUGGGUAUGUCGCACUUUAAAAAGUUAUGAUCAUGAAAAGGGUUCAGAUUUUAAAUACAUUAUUGAUAGUUUACAUGCCCUGCCUUAUGCAAUGGAUUUAUUAAUAUGGUUUUCUACAUUUGAACAACAUGAUGCUUGUGUCUUCAACAUUUUGGCUAUUUUACAAGAAAGGAGUGGACUUCUUAACACAGCUUUACAAACCUACGAAAAAGCAUUUAAAUAUGCAGAAGAAAACAAGAAAAACAUAGUCUUAUUAAAUAUUGGGAGAAUAUUUCUGAGACUAAAUAAAUAUGAUGAAGCUGUAAAAAUAUACAAAUCUAUUACUGAAGCUAGUCUUGAUUCUGCAUGUGGUUUAGCUCUUGCUCUAUUUAAAAAAGGUCUUUAUGAAGAGUCAUAUGCAGCUUAUGAUACUGCAUUUCAUUGGCUUUGUAAUAAUGAGGAGGAUAAAGCUGAUCUUCUUGUGGCUAUGGCAGGAAUUGUGUACAUGUUUAAAGGAUUGGACGAUUCUAAAACUUUGCUAUUUCAUAGCAUUCAAGUAUCACAAAAGAAACCAAGCCCAUAUAGUUUAUUUGCUAUAUGUUCUUUAGGAAUUAUCCACUCUGAUCAGAGUUUAUCAAAAUUGGCUUUAAGUGAAUUGCAAAAAUAUGAAAAGGUCAGUCAGUUUGGUUAUGACAUAGGUUUUUUGAAAUCUUAUUGUGCAUCUGAAGAUUUAAAUCAAGCAAUUAAAAUAUUGAGUAAUUCUCUUGUAGACCAUCCUAAUAAUUGCCAAUUAUGGUUUAGUAUGGCGCAAUAUUGUCUAAAGGAGUCAAAUACUAAAGCAAAAAUUUCAAGUUGUUGUGCCCAAAGAGCUCUCAGUUCUGCCCAUGAUUUUGAAAAUAAAAAUAACUUGGCAAAAAUACUAGCUACUGCAAGCAUUGCUGAAUACCUUGCAGGGGAUAAAGCCAAAGCUCUCUUGUUAGCUAAAAUAGGUCUUCAUAUGCAUCCAUGUCAAUCUGAGAUUUGGGCUGCUUUACUUCUCUCUAUUAUGACAAAUAAAAUGUGGUCAGACAGAAAACAGUGGAUUUUAAAUAUUGUCAGUCAUAUGAGAAAGAAUCUUGACAUUACUAGAGGCUUAAGUAGAUGGCUUAAUCUUUUAGAAAAAAAAAUAAAUAAGCAAAUAAAUGCA